AUGUAGCUGAAGGAAGUAGAUGAAAAUGAUGAGGAAGAAACAUGUUUCUUCUGUUUUACGAUAAGUAGAAAGAAAUAACAAAGUAGAACCUCUCAAGCAUAAUCAAAUGACAAAAUGAGCAUGCAGCAUUUAUCCUACGAUCAUCACAUUAUUGAAUAAGGAAGAUAAGUAAUGCAAGAUUCAAAUUUGAAAGUAGUGGAGUCAGUAUUGAAGAUCUCCGACUAUCCAAAAAAUAAAUUAUUUUUCUUAAGAAAUAAGGCUAGUAAAGAAGAAAUAAUAGCUAAAAUUACAGAAAAGAGAUUUAAUAUUAAUGAUUUGUCUGGCUCUACUCUAGGAUUAGAUUCUCCAAAAUCAGCACUAUAGGAGUAACUAUCCUAAAUAGAAUACACUCCUGAUCAUGUUGCUAGAUACAUAGCAAAAAGACUCAAGGAAUUUGUUAUUAUCACUGAUUUAGGUUGUGGAGUGGGAGGUAAUACAGUUUAACUGGCCAAAGAGUGUCAUUAUGUCAUAGGGGUAGAAAUAGAGAGUAAAUUGAUUGAAUUGGCAAAGAAGAACUGCCACCAUUCAAGAGUGAAUGUAGAUCUAAUUAAUGCAGAUAUUUUUACUUUGAAUAACUUGAAAACUGAUGUAAUUUUUGUUAACCCAAGCUUAAAUGCAGAAGCAUCUCAACAAAAAGACUUAUUAAAAAGCUUCAAUCCUGAUAUCAACAAAAUAUUAUUGAACCAUUAAAAAAAUACGAGGAACUUUGUUUUUCAAUUGCCUGCCCAAAUCGAUAUAUCUUAAUUGCCUUUAUUGCUUAAUAUCAAUUCUCAAUUUGCCUAUUUUAGAUAAAAUUGCCCCUCUUUUUGCAGCAUCGAAAUAGAGUAGAUCAUUCUAAAUCAACAACUUGAAUAUAUAGUAGUGUAUUGUGGAGAUGUAUCUGAUAUUAAAUAAUCAGAGAUAAUUAAAUUUCUUACUAAAUAGUUUCGUAAGGUUCAAUUUGAUUUCAAUUCGAUUCAGAAAUAACAUUUAUUCUGGCUCUUCGAAUUGAUCAAUAGAAACAUCGGAAUUCAAAAUCUUAUUUACAGAGCAGUGGAGGCAAUUAAGUAGAAGAAAUCUAUAGAAAACUUCUGUAAAUUUAUUUAACAAUAUUUUUAAAUACACUAAGAUCUUUACUAAACCUAUACUAAUCACUAUAACAAUGAAAAAGACGAGAUGUACUCUGUGUCAAAACAGGACAUUGAUCAAUAAGACAUAGAUAAUAUGAGUCCGAGCAAUUUCUCAUAUAAAUAAAUCGAAGUUGCUCAUAUGCACUAAUCCUAUACUAAUGAGAAUGUGUUUGAAGUAUUUGAAGAUGAAGAAGUUGAUGCUCAUAAUUCAUUUGUGAUGAAUGUUAAACAAUGA